GGACUUCCCCGCGCAUAAUACCCUAAAGCAGCCUAAAGUACAUUGGGUCCGCCGGAAGUCUACGAUCGCUGAUCGACCUUUUGAAAGUUUUGCCGCCGGUAACUGCAUCGCUGAAUCACAAAAACGAACAUCGCUGGCUACUUCUUUUCGAGAACCAAGGUCCUAAGGGUCAUCAUCAUCUUCUUGAAAAUCAUCACUCAGUCUACCGCCGGUUGACAUUUGACGUAAGGUCACAUAAACGGGCCACACACCGUCUUUGUAAACCUUAAAGGCUCAUUAUGCCAUCUCGCAUCUCCUUUCUUCGGUUCGCCUCACUGGCGACCAAGUCAGCCCCGCAACAACGCCUAACACGGGGAAUGAGUUCAUCCAACUUGAAUAGACCUUCACCUCCCCCCCUUCCACGAGAACUUCAACGGGAGUUCGAAGAACUCCAGCGUAGUGCUCAAAUGCCUCUCUCAUCUCCAACCCUCUCUCACGGUGAAGCGGAGGCACAAAUGUCGUUACACCCAGACGCUCGCAAGCCGUUAACGCCCGAGUUUGAGGGUGAUGUCAACCCCAAAACUGGUGAACAAGGUGGUCCGAAGAGGGAGCCUGUCGGGAAGUGGAACGAUGACGGCGGUGACUGGAGUUUUAAAGGGCGUGUCUCUGACUUCUAGUUAGACCAGUUACGACUAGUCUCCCCUAGUCAGACUAUUAGGAGGAAGACGGCCAUUCUUUCUAUUACGACUAGUCUCCCCCAGUCAGACUAUUAUAAGAAGGAAGACAGUCAUUCUUUCUAUUACGACUAUGUAGAUGUAUCCCAUUUCAGCGAGAUGACAUCCUGCCGCCGGGUUGCGUUUUACAUUGCUACCUUAGAGCGCUGACAGUCUUCUAACUUAAUCCAAGCUUGAACCUAGUCUCCU